GAUCCUGUCUGUCUCUCUCUGUGUGUGUGUGCGCUCAGUAAAAAGAAACAUCACUCACACACUCCGAGGAAGCGCUGCUGUUUGUUCUCACUCUUUUCUUCUUCUUUGUGUUCGGCCAGGACAGGAAAUAACAGCCGCGCUUUUAUCACCUUUAUUCACGCGAACCAUGAAGCUGAUCAUCCUCAAUGACUACGAUCUGGCGAGUGAAUGGGCUGCAAAAUACAUCAGAAACAGGAUUUUACUCUUCAAACCUGGUCCGGACAGAUACUUCACUUUGGGGCUGCCUACAGGAAGCACACCUCUGGGUUGUUACAAGAAACUGAUCGAGUACUACAAGAAUGGAGAAAUCUCAUUCCAGUUUGUAAAGACUUUCAACAUGGAUGAAUAUGUAGGACUUCCUCAAGCUCAUCCUGAGAGCUACCACUCCUUCAUGUGGAACAACUUCUUUAAACACGUAGACAUACGAGCGGAGAACACACACAUCCUGGAUGGCAACGCAGCCGACCUGAAAGCAGAGUGUGACGCCUUUGAGGAGAAGAUAACAGCAGCCGGGGGGAUCGAGCUCUUUGUCGGAGGUAUUGGACCCGAUGGCCACAUCGCCUUUAAUGAGCCGGGUUCAAGCUUGGUUUCCAGAACCAGAGUCAAGACUCUGGCAAAGGACACAAUCAUGGCGAACGCCAGAUUCUUCGAUGGGGAUCUCACAAAGGUGCCCACCAUGGCUCUGACUGUGGGAGUGGGCACUGUCAUGGAUGCCAAAGAGGUCAUGAUUCUCAUCACCGGAGCACACAAGGCAUUUGCGUUAUACAAAGCAAUAGAGGACGGUGUGAAUCACAUGUGGACAGUGUCUGCUUUCCAGCAGCACCCACAGACUGUGUUCGUAUGUGACGAGGACGCCACGCUGGAGCUGCGGGUCAAAACUGUGAAGUACUUUAAAGGGAUGAUGCACGUGCACAAUAAGCUGGUGGAGUCACUGUCCGUGGACUGAUCUCAUGAGAUCUUCAAACUUUGUUAGUUCAUGAGGUGUUUUUGCUGAAAUGAUUCUUUCGCCCCCUGAUGGAGGCACGCUGAUGGACAUCAAGCAGUGCCAUGAUGAUCACAACUCAGAUAUAAUCUGGUGCUGGUAAACUAAAGCACAGGCUCACACGCAGUCAUGUGACUGUUCAUACAGCCGUGCAUAUGUUUGCUCUUUGUAAUAAAGUGAGUUUCCUUUUUUUACCUUGAA